GAGGCAAGAGAAUUCAGUGUCCAUGUUCCUGUUCCCCAGCUGACCCUCUGCAGGCUCCGCACACACCAGUGGUGCUUCAUCCUCUUCAACGUCUUGCUUUUCCACAUGCUGCUUUUUGGGGCAGAUUUACUGGAGCAGUACUUCCUGCAUUCCCUGCCUCUGUCAUACACCGAUGCCAAGGCUCUGGAGAUCAGGGAGAGGGCCAGGAAGCUGGAUCUGGAUGCUCUGAAGGCCAACCUCUCUCACACCAGCAGCAGUGCAGUGACUUGCUCCAAUCAAGAGGUAUUUCUGCUCAUUGUUGUCUGCAGCAGCCCAGAAAACAGGACAAGGCGCAACGUGAUCAGGCAGACCUGGGGCAACGCGACAGGCUCCAGGGGUUACAGCGUCCUGACUCUGUUUGCUGUAGGAAAGGCAGCUGCAGCAAGCACCCAGCUGGAGAUCAAUGAAGAGGCUGAAAAGCACCGAGACAUUAUUGAAGGCAGUUUCAUCGAUUCCCCCCAGACGCAGACACAGAAGAUGCUGAUGAGCGUGGAGUGGACGGUGACUUUCUGUCCCCGUGCCAGGUACAUCCUUCACACAGCCCAGGAUGUAUUUGUGGGUGUUGCCAGCCUGGCUGGGUACCUGCUGAGCUUAACCCAGCUGGAGGACAUCUACCUUGGGAGGGUGGUUCAUCACGGAGUGCCCGACAGGGACCCCCAGAGCCCUGGCUUUGUCCCCAUCCAUCAAUACCCCGAGGAGUUCUACCCGGAUUUCUGCCACGGCAGCGCUUUCCUCAUGUCCCAGGACGUGGCUCGCAAGGUUUAUGUGGCUGCCAGGGAGGUGCCCCUGGCAGUGCCCCCAGCUGCUUUUGUAGGGAUCUGUGCUCAAAGAGCUGGCAUCACUGCCAGGCACAGCUCCCGCUUUGCUGGGGAGAAGCACAUCAGCUACAAUCGAUGCUGCUAUAAAUUCAUUUUCACCUCCUCUGACAUGAGAGAGGACGAGCUAUUUCAAGACUGGAAGGAAACAAGCAAUGGGGAAGAUUGUUCCUUACUGGAAACCUACUACAGCCUGGUGUCCUGCAAGGUUCUGACCUACAUUGAUAAGUUCAAACAGUUCAACUUGGAUAGGAUAAAAAAUGAGCUCCUUCAUUUUGUCAAUUAAUGUUUAACUUCUGCAAAAAGAGGCUGAAUUUUCUUUCAUCAGCUGUGUUAUCCAGUUAACAUUCAGUACUGAGGAUCCCCUCCCAAAGUUUGCUCUUUUCCCUUCAGCAGCAGAUGAAUUCUCACUGUUACAGAGUGACAGAGCAGAACUGGAUGUACUCUGCCUCUGUAAGUACCUACAAGUGCAUGCAUGGAAGUAAAAAACAGUAUUCCAACAGACUUUGUCUAUAUCCAGGGUUUUUCAGACUUUUGAGUCUUCAAAACUGUUUUAUGUGAGUGAGGCAUCACCUGCCUCCAAAGAAUUCUGUAACAAAGGGGAAGCUUUCCAUCCACAAAAGGAGCUGCUUCUGGGCAGGCUGAGAGAAACAGAGCAGCUCCAGCAGGAACAGACACUGAGCCAUCGUGGAAAUUCCUCAAGUAAUGCUGCUUGUUAACAUCCAUCAAAUGACAAGGUUUGGUUUGGGGUUUUUUGGUUUCUAAACCAAAUGUUCAGCAUGUUACCUCAACUCUCCAGCAUUCCACUUCGUGUUUUUAACUCAGUCAUCUCCACCUGUUACUUUAAAGGGGGAUGACAAAAACAACACACUCCAAUUUUGUCAUUUAUAUCAGAUACAGCAGCAGCAGCAUGUAAUCCAUAUGGCAAUGUACAGCAUGGGCAGGGAACUGCAUCUGAGUAAUAAGGGGAAAGUGAUCAAUUAAUCAAUCAACACUGAGCUCAAAGCUCAACAAAAUAAAGCAUAUGUGUAUACAUAAAAAAAUCCCCUUGUUUGGCAUCUCUGCACAUUCUAAAAUAUUGUCUUUGGCAAGUGUGCCAUGCAAAGCAGAUGCUAAAUACUCAGCACACAGAGUAGCUUUCAAAAGCACCAGCUGAAAACACACAUGGAAGAGGCUCAUGAAUUGCAGAGCAGGUUUAUAUAUUGAUUUAUUUUACUGACAUUUCAGCAUAUGGCUCAUACAGAGCCACCAGCACACAAAGCCACCUAAAAUAACAGAGCUGAACUGCCCAGAACAAGUGCAAGCUAAGGACUUCUACACUUUUGAUUUCCUCUGAUGUGUUUGCUGGAUGCAGGAUUCAUGAAGCCCCCGUGCUCUCUCCAGUCACAAGACACAUUUCUCACUGGCAGAUGUUUAUUGGGCACAUUUAGGAUAAAAGCAGCAGCACUGGGAUGUAGGAUGACAACUUGGAGACAUCUUGGGUGGUGAGAAACAAGGCACUUCACCUGCAUUUAGACAGCUUAGCAAACAUUAAGGGAUCUCCCCCAGCUCCUCUGAGCCCACCUGGACUCCUGGGCGGCAAUUUUUGGCAGCAAUGCCAGCUGCACCUCCAGCUACCACAGGUAAAACCAGAGUUCCUGCAGGACAGGAUCCUCCUGCUUCCCCUGGCAGCACAGGGACAUGGGGUCAGUGCUUCCCACAGUUACACCUGGCUGACACGUUACUAAAAUGAGCCCCAAAGCAGUAAUUAAAUGUUUUAUUUUGCUCCCCCUUAACAAAAAGAAUACAAGGCUUUGAUAGAAAGUCCCCUGUGGUCUCUGUUUAUGGGCAAAGGCAUGUCCCAUGUCACUGGAGUGCCCAGCCACUCCUGAUAGCUUCAAAAGAAGAUUCCAACUUCCUAAGACGCCACAUUUCCAUACUCCCAGUACAUUCACUCCCUUCAACAAAAGAGCUCCAUGUUCUUACCCCUUUUAGUCUAACUCAGGUAACUAAAAUACCACAUUUCUUUAAAUAAUACUUUAAAAAAAAAGUAUUUCUGUUAAAAAAUAGUGUAAACAAUUCAAGAUUUGGUUCUGAAGUAGCCUUGUAGUGCUCCAGCCACUAAACUGAGCUGCCACCCCACAGCACAGCCAAGAAGGGAGACAAAGCUCCCAGGUGGCUUUGAUCCCUACAGAGUGCAUUGAUUUGUUUUUAAAAGGGUAAAAACUUCUUUUUUUUUAAUCCUCAGCAGAAAAUGUAAACAAUAUUUAGGAUUAUUUAUUCCAGCAAGAUUCACAUCCAGCAGGCUGAACACAAGAGAAUCCAAUCCAUACUCCCUCGUGGACAGUCACUGGCUUAUUCAGCAACAGGAUUCCGACAGAACACUGUUCCAUGCAAGUGCCAACUUUGGCAGGUAAAAAAAUGAAUUAAAAAAUAAUAGAAAUUAUGGCAGCAUCUGAGGUUACAAAACUUGAGGUGUUUUGGUGUUUUUUUUAACUGAACUGUAACCUACUGAGAAAACACAACAGAAAUUCCAAACCAAAGAACAAUUCAAACAAACACUUAUAAAUCCUGCCAAAUAAAACACAAUCAGCAGCUGCUAAGUGCUCACCUGGGUUACCUGUACCAUGAAGCAUACAGGGAACUUCUGCCAUGACAUUUUAGGGGGAAAUAUCAAACAGCCUUUAAUUUGCUCUGCUGACUCAUUUCAAAUAGAGCCAAAAUAUCUUCACGUUCCUUUAAA